AUGGAGGUGGAGCCAGCAGGCAGAGACACGUCGCCGUCGCCGUCAAGCUCCUGCGGAAGCAGUCCGUCUCCACCUAUGCCCGGCAGCAGACGCGUCCGAGAGGACGAGAUGGAGAUGCGCCUGAAAGGCCCCAUUGACGCUGUCGACAAGGCCAAGAAGAGCGUCAAGACUGGCUUCGAUCUGAGGAAGAAUCCCGGCGAAGAAAAGCGGACCGUCUUCGGCUUCAUGGAGCGCUUGAAAGAAGCGAAGCCCCACAAGAAUACCCCACAGCAGCUGGGAAUAGCGUACAACACGGUGGAGAUCCAGGAGAGCCGCGAGUGUUUCCACCAGUCCACAUUGACCGUCACCGCUGAAGACAAGGAUGGAGUUCCGUACGUAUGGAGUGGACGCGAGUUCAGGGGACCUGUGGUAGGGAAGAAGACGUCGGCGGAGCAUGCGGCCGCAAGUGUGUUUCUUGCGGACUCUGACGUUCAACGAACGGCGGCAAACCUGGGUCCCUCUUACAAGCAAAGACAUUCCCAUGAGCGCAUGAAGCAACGGAUGCCGGUUUUGAUCGCAAGGCGCACUGCCAAGAGGGCUGCGGCCAGGCAAGCGAGAGAAAAUCAACAGUCCGGUUGUUGGUCGUCAAUGAAUGCUGUAGCUCAUUAUGAAUGUGCGCUUGCGCCAGGAGGCACCACACGUUGUGUGGCGGCCUCGGACACUCGGACGCCCCUGCUACGUCACCCGUGGCUUCGGCUUCAAGCGUGA